AUGGGUUAAAUUUCAUGCUGCAGUUCUAAAAACGCAUAAUUUAAUAACCUUGUCAAAACUCCCUAUGGUGACUCAAAAACACCCUAGCUAUCAGAGUGCCACCCUACUAACUUAUUUAAAAUGAGCGAAGAAGAUUUAAUGAAUGAAGAGUUGAUUUGCUCUAUAUGCCUUGGAGUUGUAAGGAAUGCUGUAAAAGACCCUUGUGGACAUGUUUAUGGUGAAUGCUGCAUCAAAAACUGGCUCAAAAAGAAUCCUAAAUGCCCUUAUUCAUAAAAAAGUCUUACUCAAAACUAGUUAAAAGCUGAAAAAAGUGUUCGUAAAAGGGUAGAACAUGAAUUAAAAAUUAGCUAAAAUUAAACUAACAACAGUAAUAGGUAGCAUCUUUAAACCUAAAAAAUAGAAGUUCAAGCAACAAGUUGA